AUGGAUAAGUAUAAAAGAAUAAAAAUGAUUGGAAAAGGCAAUUUUGGUGAUGUAUGGCUAGUUGAAGACAACAAAGGAUAGGUAUAGGAUUGAGAAAACAAAAGAAAUUUGCCCUCAAGUUAAUCGAUUUGUAAUUUUAGAGUGUUGACCCAACAAAUGAAGUUACUUUGUUGAAGGUUUUAAAACAUCCAAAUAUUAUAAAAUACUAUGGCUCAUUUAUAUAGAAUGAUUAAUUAUGCAUUUUAAUGGAGUUUGCGGAAAAUUGUAUUUCAAAAUUAUAUCUAAAUGUAGAUGAUCUGUAAAUAUACACAAAAAAUAAUCCAGCAAACAUAUUAAAUUGGUUCACAUAAUUGUGUUAAGCAGUAUAAUAUUUGCAUUCUAUGAAUAUUGUUCAUAAGGAUAUUAAAAUGAAAAAUGUGUUUUUGACCAAAGAUGGCAUAGUAUAAAUAUUAAUAGAUAUCUAGAUCAAAUUGGGAGACUUUAGCAUUUCUAAAAAUUUAGAUGCCUCAUUAAAUCUGACGUAAUUAGGUAUAUUAUUUUCAAUUGAUACUGUGAGGUACUCCUUACUAUUUGUCGCCUGAGAUUUGCGAAUCUAAACCAUCCAAUAUUAAGAGUGAUAUUUGGGGUUUGGGAUGUUUGCUCUACGAAUUGUGCACGAAAUAAAAGCCAUUUCAAGGUGAAUCUUUGCAUGAAGUUUUCAAAAAUAUCAUAAAAUGUGAGACUCCCAAACUCCCUGAAGGAUUUCCUUUAGUUUAUCAGGAUAUAAUAAAUUAAUGCUUAAAAAAAAAUCCAUAAGAGAGACCGGAAAUCUCAUAAAUCUUAGACAUUCCAGAAAUAAAGAGGGAAAGAAUAAAAUUCUCAUAGUUAUAUAAAUAGAGACUGAUAGGAAUGCUCAAAUAAAUUGAUAAUACCUAAUCUGAAUAAGUUUAGACUAAUAUAAAACAAAUGUAAAAACCUAUCUUUACUCCAUAAAAUAAAUCAUAAUCUUUACUAUUUUAACAGCUUUUUUCAGAACAAAUACAAUUAAACAUUAAGAAGCCAAUGACAAAGAAAAUAAUUUCUAUUGAUACUGAUUUAAUAGAAAAAGUAGGAUAACAAUAAUAAUAAAAUGAAACACCAACAUAAUUUUAUAAAUAAUUAUUCAACCCAAAAACCCCUACCUCUCCAAAUAGAAAUUUAUUAUUGGCAGAUUUUUUGAAAAAAAAAUUAGGCGAAUAAAAAUUUUAAGAUGUUCGCUAGAUUCUUGAAGAAUCAUAGCACCCAAUAUAAAUGUUAGAUCAAAAAGAAAUAAUGAUAAAUUUGAUGGGAGAAGAGAAUCUUGAAUGUGUUAAAGUACUUAUCAUUAAAUUAUUUGAUAGAUAUUUAAAAUAUUAAUUAGUAAUUGCACUACCUUACCUGGUAAUCAUUUUCGAUAGAUGAAUAAUUACUAAUUUCUAAGAGAUAAGGUUGGUUCAUAGCCGGAUUUAGAUUAAAAUAUAAAGACAAAUAACUUUUGA